GGAGGAAACCGCUCAGGUGGAUGUCGAUGAGUUCUAUGUUGCCGAUAAAUUCCAAAUGUUGCGCUUGUAUUGGUCUCGUUUGGCGGUGACCCGGCCACUGAAUGUGUCGCUGACGCUGUACAACACUUUAUCCGCUGUGCCAUGGGUUGUCUUACACGGACAAAUACAAAGACCCCGAUCGCUUUCAAGAAAUCAUCAUGGAUAUCCGGGAUACAAAUUUUGAUGUUGAUGGACAGUGGUUAUUUAAGAACUACGCGUUAAGUAGAUUCGGUAAACGAGGAGUAGACCAACAACCAACGUAGCGGUGAUACCUUUAUCGGGAUAACGAACACUUGCGACGAAUUAACGAGCUCGACAGUGACGGAGACAACUCACUGAGACGUGCUCUCGUUCUCCGAGAACCAUUUUCCGUCGUGUGUCACGGGGACUUCAACCGGAACAAUGUGUUGUUCCGGUACGACGAGGCGCGACAUCUGGUCGAUGUGUUGCUGUUUGAUUUCGGGACUACUCCUUAUGGUUCGCCGACGUUAGACCUAUCGUUUUUCUUCUACAUGAACACGACGCAAGACUUGCGUGAAAGUCGGUGGGAUGACUUACUGAACCCAUAUUGCUUGACUUUGGCGGAAUCCGUACCGUCCGGCGUACGUGUUCCGAACAGUGCCGAACUGAACUCCGAAAUGGCCAUGUAUACUUAUUAUGGCUUUGCACACGCAUUAUUUUACUUACAUCAUCAAUUAGAAACGAAUGCCAUUGAGUUAUCAAGUUCAAAGGAAAUUAACGAUGAAGAUGUUUUGGAGUUAUAUUUAGAGGUGGGCGGUGACAUUGGGUCGGAUAUACUGGCUGACAUGGUCCAACACAUCGUCGACAUGGAGUACACGAACCAGAAAAACUCACGUCGUUGGUCAUUCCUGAUCAGAUUUCCAAAGGCAGUAUUAUCGGAGACGCAAAAGUUACCGGGUGUCAAGGUCCGAUUUAAAUUCGCCAGUAAUUACCUCGGCUGUGCACACUUCAGUGCACGGUCCCGCCAGUGCCACUCCGACAAUUCGAACGCGUACACGGCGACGACGACGACAACGACUGAUCGUGUAACUGCGGCUGAACGCGAUGGCGGGGAAGGUGGACGAAACGAUAGCGGAUAUGACCGCGGCCGCAGCGUUCGGGCCGGACAUCCAGCUCGUUUCGUUCGAACUGGAGCGGCUUCACACCGGACUGGAUCAGUUCGCGUCGUGCGUCCUGUACGGCACGGCCACCGUCGACGACCGCGACGGCCGACGCCACGAUCAUCGGCUCGUGUUCAAGUACAAGCACCCGACCCUCGAAAAGCGGGAAUUUUACAACAACGACAGUCAGUUCCACAACGAGACACUGUUCUACGAACGUAUCGCUCCGUUCCUGUUGGCCAGCCGCGGCGCGCAGCGGAACGGCAACGUGACCGCGACACCGACGCUCUGCCGUUACUUUUACGGGCGCAAUGAUUGCGACGAACAGGCGCACCGGGAUGUGAUCGUCUUGGAAAACGAAUCCGUCCGUGGAUAUCGGACGGCGGUGACUAGCCACAGGUUGACUUUAGAUUUUGACCAUCUGACCGUUGCACUCCGGACACUGGCAAAAUUUCACGGGCUUUCCUACAGAGCAAAGCACGAGGACUCGGUGAAGUUCAAGAAGACAGUUGCUGAUGUGAAAGAAACGCAAUGGUCCGAAGACGGUGAGUGGAUUUUCCAUCCAAGCGUACUCCAGGGAUUGUUUUCGGUGGCCUUGGACAGGCUAAAACAACGUCAUGUUGCGGCUGGUGGCUGUGGUGACAACGAAGUGGAGUGGAUUUUCCGGUUCCAGACAGAACUGUUGACUGAUGCUAUGCAAUCGUUGAGACGCAUAGUCGUUCCCGUCGAACCAAUGGCCGUACUGUGUCACGGUGACUUCAAUCGGAACAAUCUGCUGUUCCGGUACGACGACUGUGGUCGGCCGGUGGACGCUCUGGCGUACGACAUGGCCACCAUCAGGUACGGGUCGCCGGUCCUAGACCUGUCGUUUUUCCUGUACAUGAACGCGGACCGCCAGACCCGGGACGAUCACUGGGACGAGUUGCUGGACGCGUACUGCGCUACGCUGGCCGCGGACGCGGGCGACGUCCCGGUGCCGGGUCGCGAACAGCUGGACGCCGAAAUACGCGAAUACGGGUUCUACGGUCUGGUGCACGUGUCGUACUUCGCAGGUGUUAUGUUGGAGGAAACCAUUCAGGUGGAUGUCGAUGAGUUCUUGGAUGCCGAUGAAUUCAAGAUGUUGAGUUUGUUGCUCAGAAAUGGUGGUGAACCGGCCACCGAAUGGUUCGCCGACGCCAUUCAACACUUUAUCCGCUGCAAGUACGCCAGGGCACCCGCUCCCAGCACCGUGGCCAAUAAAGAUUGCAUACCGGACGAUAUAUUAUAAAUAUUUUUACUUUUUUUAUUUUGACUGUUGGUUUCUCGAGAUAAAUGCUCAGAACAUUACAUCCACAGGUUGUUAAACAAAAAUGUAUUUAAUAAUGUUUUACAUCUAGUUACAAACGAUUUCAGAACGACCCGUCGUCGUCAUGAAAGUUUAAAGACUUCCGCUUUUCGUUUUGUGCGUGUUCACUUUUAUGUGCCAAAUACACUCAGUGUUUAUAGUUAAGAGUAAGCUACUAUCACGCAAUCAUUUUCUCCGUUUUCCACACACACAUUAUAGGUACUUUUAUAUUUCACAAUAUUCCAGUAAGACAUUGGAACUUAAAAAAUUUACAAAUGUACCUUUAUAAUUUAAUAUUUAUACGAUAACAUUAUCCAUGUUCGCUUUUCGGGUUUACUCGAUGUUUAAAUUUUAAAACUAAUUCUAAGUAAUUUUAAUUUUUUAAAUUAACUGGUUGUGUCAAAUUUUCCAUUGAAUAUACCUCCCGACUCUCUUGAAUAUCAUAAUUAUAUUUUAUAGUUUUUUUUUUUUCAUCAUACAUUGUAAAUAAAAAAACAUUUUGCCGUACAA